CUUUCCAGGAAAACGAGAUGUCAUAGACUUGGGCAUAGCCAACUGCUUCUUGUGCUGGGUUGAAUGUAAUCUAAAUUUAGGUGGGGAGUAUUCUAAUGUAGACGCAGUCGUCAGUUGGAAAAAUAGUUCCGCAAAAAUUUAAGGCAGGUAGACUGUGAGGUGUAAACACAUUUUUUUUAGCCUAUCACGUACCCACUGGGUACAGGAAGCCUAGGCUAGGCCUACAGAAAAUAUCUCCCGGUCGAUCGCUGCUGAGAAGAAUACCUAGUUCUCCUCACUCCCACACUAAUUUCAAGCAUCGCACUAACUGAUUUUGAUGUGGUCAUAACAUUAAGUCACCAAUGGCUUUUAGUAUUUUUGGAGGUUGUUCUAGAUCUACUUAUUUGUCAGGCAAAACGAACGUAAUUAGGCAAAACUUUGGCAAAGGGUUCAAUCAGUAACGAUAAAAAUAUCGAUAAAUGCGAAUCGAGAAUUCUACGCGCAUUGAGAAUGCGCAUCAAUAAAGAGUCGCCAUUUUGUCCUGUUAUUGUUUGCAUGCCAGUUGCUAAUUUUGGAGGGCGAUACGUUUGUUGUGAACCGUGACUGGUUGAAGCUGUCAAGCUGGAUAAAAUACCCGAGUAUCUAAGAGAUACAAUGGACUGGUUCAUGGGUGAGGUUCAAUUGUUGCUAAAAAGUUGUGAACAUUGUUUACGGUACGACGGUACGGACAGCACUGAACUAGAUCUAGUGUUUCGGUAUUUCACACCGUUUUACGGUACAGACAGGCCCUUUUGACGUUUUCUGUUUUUGUCUAGAGUUGACCAUAGUGUGUUGAAAACACCGUAAGAGACAUACUUUCUUCGUUCCCACCGUCAAAGUGAACAGCGGGGGAAAGGAAAGGGGUAAGAACAGCCCUCCAAAUCUGUGUUGUGAUUGGCCCAGUGAACGUGGUGGCGUGUCUUGGAUAAACGAAAAAAAAAGGCUGUCACCAGGACCUGUGAUACAUCUUCUUGUAGUCUGGCCAAGUGAGUGUGUAUGUGCGUCUUUCUGUCACAAAGAAGACCACACAUAUUUCAUCACCAUACCCGUCUGUGCGCGCGCGCGUAUGUGCGUCUGUCUGCCCCCGCGAGGCAGCAGAAUGGACAGCAUCAAUUUCUACUUCAAGUCUGAGGGUAAGAAAGAGAGCGGCGUCCGCUACCUCCUCCAGAGCAUCUACAUGUUCCAGAGCAAGAUCUGG